AAGGCUGCGUUUGGCGCUUUUCCGGGCACCCCUUUGGGCUGCCAAAAGACCAUGGCUCUGCUUUUGACGGCGCUGCUGGCGCAGGUGGCUUUUGCGGUGCCUCAGGCGGACUUUAAAGCCUAUGAAGACUACAAGAAGGACAUGAUCGCUGCAGGCCAAGGCGCCAUGAACUUUACCGGCUUCACCCAGGCGUGGUCCAAGUUCCAGCACUUCCAGAACUACCUUCACAAGAAGGGCAGCGAGUCCCCCUUUGGGUUCCACUCGUUCGUGGGGGAGUACGACAAGUUCAUGGACUUCCAGCACUACUUGGGGAAGGGCGCGGAGCAUCAGAAGGACGAGAGCGCCAACUUCAAGGACUUCUUGGAUUUCGAGAAGUUCCUGUCCUUCAGUCACCAGGGGCACGGGCAGCACAUGAACUUCCCAGGCGCUCCCGUCAUGAUGGCAGCAGCUGGAGGAGAUGACAAGAAGAGUAAGCAUGAGGAUAGCCAGGAUGCGGAUGACCAGGGCUUCGGCGGCUUCGCGCAGAGGUUCGUGCCAGCAGGCACAACGGAUGGUGGCCCCAAAGGCGGCCUGUCUGGCGUGACCGCAGACUUCCACAAGUACAUGGACUACUCCAAGUACAUGAAUAUGUCCCACCAGUACACACAGAAGGACUGGAUGAGCGAGUGGCACAAGUUCGCGAACCAAUCCCAGCAACAGAAUGCUCCCUACAACGCGAAGGAUUGCAAGACCAAGGCAGAGCUCGAUGCUUGGC